AUGGGGACAUGGGGCAUGGGGGCUAGAUCGGAGCAUAGAGACAGUGAUGGGAGUGAUGGUGUGAGGGCAGAGAGUGUCAGAGCCUCAUGGAUCCCUCUCUGCUGCUUCACUGCUUGCAUGCAUCCCAUGGGUGGAGCAUGGUGGCUGCAUGUGACGUGUUCUCCUUUGUGUCUGCAUGAGACUCUAUUCAUGGCGACGCCUAUCGAUGCUGCCUUCCUGCUCCUGCCCAUCCUCGAUAAGAGCAGGAUGAAGGGAUCAAGCAGUGAGGGAAUGUUCAGAUCGCUGGAUGAAAUCUGCACUGUUGAUGGAUUCCCAUCGUACGGCUGGCUGCAGUCGCAGGGAGUGUGGGAUCCCGUUCUCCCUCUCAUCACCGACAUCAGAGGUGCCCUGCCCCCCGCCCACUUGUACCCCUCACGUCCCACCUCUCCCAUAUCGUCCACCUUGACUUCCACCCCUGCCUCUUGCGUUCUCAUACCAACUGUUCUUUUAUGUGUGUCUGUGCUACCCGUUGUGGUGCUGUGCGGUGUGGCAGAGGUGGGCAGCACACGGUUCUACAGGUUGAAUGACAGACGGGUGCUGGCAUGGCUCACAUGCAAGGUGAGUGGGUGCUGGCAUGGCUCACAUGCAAGAGCCACCAAGGGGGGCAACGCCUGGCCAGCCCACCUGCCACUACUGCCACUCAACCCAAGGUCUCCUCCACACCCCUCAGCGCUGGGAAGCCGGGCUCCGCAAAUUCGAACCAACGGGGGAAGAAGCCGCUUAAAGCCCAACCAGGCAAUAGAAAAAUCACCUCCUUUUUUGGAAGGAACAGAUAAUGUGCAAAACCAACAGUAUGGGAAUUAUGUACCUUGUAUGAUUAUAUUCGAAUACGGUACCGAUGCCGGUUCAAAAGCGGCUUCGUCACGAAACCGUUGGGCCCACGUCGAUUUGCCCGAGGCUGACGUGUGCAUCCAUAGCUGGCCAUUCGUGAAGGGCCACUUCAGCGUGUCCCCUGGUCUCCCCUCCCGUGCUGCACCACCACCACCCAUGCCAUUCCAUGUCCGUCUGUUCAGGUGUACGGUGCUCGCACAUGAUACCACCAUCAUAGCACACACGAUCACAGAUCACUUCCGUGCCUCUCCUAUCCUUCCUGCUGAUAGAACCCCGGCCACCAAUCGCGCUCGCGCCCACGCUGUUCUCUUGGCGGCGCGCAGCCAUCUCGCGUCGCCUCCCCCGCCUGCCACUCGCCGCUUGAAUCGGCGCAUUCAUGAGCCCAUCCGCGCGCCCCUGGAGAUGCAACUGCGCUUGGGGGAAUUUCGCACGCCGCCAUUCCCAAAACCACGUGGCAAUCGAUUAAAAUCGCAUGGUGUGCUAAUUGUGUCGCAUGGCAUCGCAUGGUGUCAUGGGUCGCAUGACGCCACAGCUGCUGGCGCUCCACCCCGCCAGCCCUCUCUGCCCCUCGCACCCGCGAAUUCCCCCCUCCGCCCCUCCCACGCGUCCGCUGCCGCUGCCGGCGCAGCCCGCACUUUCUCCCCCCCGCUCUCCGCGCGCCACUCCGCGCCCCACCAUGCGCGCCACCCGCCUCCCCCCAGUAACCUUCCCCAGCUCUCCCGCGCCUCCUCCUCCGUCUCCUCGUCGCUCCCGCGCUCCGCGCUCUCCUCCCCCGCGUCCUCCGCGCUGCACCUGCCUGCCAUUCCCUCGCUGCAGUCCCUCCCCUCGCUCCGCUCCCUCUCCUCCUUCUCCUCUGCGCACACCUGCGCGGGCUGCUCCUGCGCGGGGUGCGCGGGGGGCAGCGCGGCGGGGGGCACGCGCAGCCCGUCGGAUGGGGGGGAGGUGCGCUGGUACUUCAGCAAGGGGCACUUCACCAAGGGCGGUGAGCGCGCGGACUGGGGGAGAAGGGUGGUGGGGGGAGGGCGGUAG